CGGUCCCGCCCCGGCCCCCGCCCCGGGGUGCGCGCCGCACGCCAGCCGGCCGCUCGGGCCUCUGGAGCAGAUCUCCGGCCGGCACCCACGCUCCAUCACGGGAUCGAACCCCGCUCCCUCCGCCGACAUUCGGGGAGCCUUAGCCCCAGGGGCCCCAGCGAGCGAGCGGCAUGCGGCACCCCCAGGCAUGCCCAGCAUCCUUCGGCCCACUGCCCAGCCCCCCCAGGAGGCCCUAACGCCCUGGGGCACUUCUGCUGUGCACGGGACCACGUGGGGGUUUGCCAUGGUGACAUAAAGGGGUGCGGAGGAAGGAAGGAGCGCAACCAGCCGCGGACUGCACCCCUGGCUGGGAGGAAGGGCCGGGGCCCGGAUCCCCCACUGCCACUGCCCACUUCGGGCCUUGCUCGCUGAGUCUCUGUGAACUUGCUGGUCGGUGGACAGCUUGGGAGUCUUCACCCGCGUGGGGCCUUGGGGCAGCCGGGGCGGCCGGGCCUCCGGUGGCCGAGGUCUCGGGGGCCAGGAUGCCCGCCCUGGCGCGCCUCCGCAGGCUGUGUCGGCACAUGUCCCCGCAGGCUGUACUUUUCCUGCUGUUCGCCUUCUGCCUGUUAAGCGUUUUUGUCUCAGCCUACUACCUAUAUGGCUGGAAGCGGGGCCUGGAGCCCUCGGUGGACGCCCCCGAGCCUGACUGUGGGGACGCGCCGCCCGUGGCCCCCAGCCGCCUGCUGCCUCUCAAGCCCAUACAGGUGGCCGCCCCUUCCCGCACGGACCCGUUGGUGCUGGUGUUCGUGGAGAGCCUCUACUCCCAGCUGGGCCAGGAGGUGGUGGCCAUCCUGGAGUCCAGCCGCUUCAAGUACCGCACAGAGAUUGCGCCGGGCAAGGGUGACAUGCCCACACUCACCGACAAGGGCCGCGGCCGCUUCGCCCUCAUCAUUUAUGAGAACAUCCUCAAGUACGUCAACCUGGAUGCCUGGAACCGGGAGCUGCUGGACAAGUAUUGUGUGGCCUACGGCGUGGGCAUCGUCGGCUUCUUCAAGGCCAAUGAGAACAGCCUGCUGAGCGCGCAGCUCAAAGGUUUCCCCCUGUUCCUGCACUCCAACCUGGGCCUGAAGGACUGCAGCAUCAACCCCAAGUCCCCGCUGCUGUACGUGACGCGGCCCAGCGAGGUGGAGAAGGGCGUGCUGCCCGGCGAGGACUGGACCGUAUUCCAGUCGAACCACUCCACCUACGAGCCUGUGCUCCUGGCCAAGACGCGGUCGUCCGAGUCCAUCCCGCACCUGGGCGCGGAUGCCGGCCUUCACGCUGCGCUGCAUGCCACUGUGGUCCAGGACCUGGGCCUCCACGACGGAAUCCAGCGCGUGCUGUUCGGCAACAACCUCAACUUCUGGCUGCACAAGCUCGUCUUCGUCGACGCCGUGGCCUUCCUCACAGGCAAGCGCCUCUCGCUGCCUCUGGACCGCUACAUCCUGGUGGACAUUGAUGACAUCUUUGUGGGGAAGGAGGGCACGCGCAUGAAGGUGGAGGACGUGAAGGCCCUAUUUGAUACGCAGAACGAACUACGGACACACAUCCCAAACUUCACUUUCAACCUGGGCUACUCAGGGAAAUUCUUCCACACAGGUACCGAUGCUGAGGACGCGGGGGAUGACCUGCUGCUGUCGUACGUGAAGGAGUUUUGGUGGUUCCCCCACAUGUGGAGCCACAUGCAGCCCCACCUUUUCCACAACCAGUCCGUACUGGCUGAGCAGAUGGCCCUGAACAAGAAGUUCGCUGUCGUGAGCUAGAGGGGGUACCCCAGAAGGCUGGAGGAGAUGCCGAGCAAGGAGGGGAUGAGGGCCGCUUGCUGGCUCAGCCUGAGCCACCAGCCAGUCAGAGGCCAAGAGAGGCAGGAACAGCACCCGUCCUUAUUCCUCACUCCUGGUGCUGGAGGAAGUGAACGCUGGGCCGAAUCGGAGUCCCGGCUCGGCUUGUGCCUCUUUCCGAGACUCUGGGCCCUGAGCCUCAGCUUCCCCAUCUGCACCUCAAGGGCUCAGACCCGCUGCUCUGCCGUUCUAGCCUCUGAUUUUUCUCUGCAAAGGGGAGAUAAAGCCCAGAGGGGAAGAAAUCCUGUGCUCACCCUGCCCU